UAAACUAUCACUAACUGUACGCUGUGUGAGGUGUAUGACCUACAUGUUAAACCAGACUGAUAUAGAGCAGAGAGCUGGGGCUACACCAUAGAGGAGCCAGAGGACCACUUCUUACUCAAACCCGGACUGACUACACCUCUCACCAUGAGGGUCAUUAUUGGUCCAGACCCAUCUCUGGUAUAUCGUCCCAACCUGAACCAGGAGCAUAAAGAAAAAUCAGAAUACAGGAAUUUUGAGAGCGGGGGUCUGAUUGAUCGUGUCUAUAACACAUACAAGCUGAUGCACACCCACCAGACCCUGGACUUUGUCAAGAAGAAACACUGUGAGUGGUCAGGUUGUGGGCAUGCCCAGAUGAAGAUGAUGGAGGCUGUCAUGUCUCUAGACAAGCUGGUUGAUGAGUCUGACCCUGAUGUCGACUUCCCCAACUCAUACCAUGCCUUCCAGACAGCAGAGGGAAUACGCAAGGAGCACCCUGAUAAAGACUGGUUCCACUUGGUAGGGCUAAUCCACGACAUUGGAAAGAACGUGGCCCUGUGGGGGGAACCUCAGUGGGCUGUAGUGGGGGACACGUUCCCAGUGGGGUGCAGGUUUCAGGACAGCAUUGUGUUUCGAGACAGCACCUUCGUGGACAAUCCGGAUGACAAAAACCCUGCUUACAAUUCUGAAUGUGGGAUCUAUAAGCCUAACUGUGGGCUGAGCACGGUGCUGAUGUCCUGGGGCCACGACGAGUAUCUCUACAGGGUCAUGAAGUUCAACAAGUGCACCAUCCCAGAAGAGGGUCUGUAUAUGAUCCGGUUCCAUUCGUUCUACCCCUGGCACUCCCAUGGAGACUACAUGCACCUCUGCGAUGACAGUGACCUGCGCUUUUUGCCCUGGGUCCGCGAGUUCAAUAAGUUUGACCUCUACACUAAGACGGCCGAGCUGCCUGAUGUGGAGAAUCUGAAGCCAUACUAUCAGUCUCUUAUUGACAAGUACUGCCCCGGUGUACUGAACUGGUGAUUCACAGAACUGGUGUUGAGCAAUUUUCAAACGAAUCCUCGUUUCUUAAUUGGUUCUCAAAGAUUUGGUCUGGUGAGUCACUAUAGUGCAACAGAGUUUCCAUCUCGUUCUACAGGCAGAAUCAGAAUCAAACUUCUCAUAUCUCAGAACUCUAAAUAAUUACAACUUAAGCCUAACAAAUCUGUUUCCCUUAUUUCUGUAUCCAUUAGAAAUUCAGCAAAUUACUUUGAAAAUAAAACAAACACAACCUGCAACAAUUUUAGAGAUUUAGCUGUUUUACUGUCUGAUAAAGUUAUUGAACGUGAGCAUCGGUCCGUUUAUUAUUGUUUUGCGACGUUAAAAAGGUUUACAUUUUUGUUCAGUGCAUAUUAGGCCAACAAUGUUUUAAAUGGUUCUCAUUACUCAUGCAAACUGUUAAACGAGAACACAACUUGUAAAUAUAAAGUGUAAGUGAAUAUCUUUUGUAGCCCAACAGACAGGCCAUGUAUGAUGUAGGCCUAUAACAACAUUAGC